ACCGGUUCUGCCGACCAUUUGCAAAAAGUUGACAAAGACAUAGUCAUUUCUGGCCGUGAAGGACAUGCUGAUGUUACAAGUCUCUGAAGUUUGUUGCUUUUGAGCUGUUUUCUUUACUGGGUUUUGUUCCAAAAUUCAUUUCAAUUCUUGGGAGUUUGAAUGGAAGGCAAUGGUCUAGGGGGUGGUUUGUUUCCAGAAAUGAGGUCUGGAAUGUUAGGCCUUGAAAUGCCUUUGCACCAAACACAAAACCCCCAAAAUCCUCAGAACCCACAUCACCAUAUGCACCAACCCCAAAUGGUCAGCUAUGCCCACCAUGAAGCUGAUCUUAAUCACCACCCACAAGCUCAGCAAUCAGUGAAACAUGGGUACCCAUAUGCCGCAAAGCCCAAACAGAUCACUCUGAGUGAUGAAGAUGAACCUGGGUUUGGUGCUGAUGACAGUGCUGGUGAUAACAAGAGGAAAAUCUCACCAUGGCAGAGAAUGAAGUGGACUGACACCAUGGUGAGGCUUCUAAUCAUGGCUGUGUUUUACAUUGGGGAUGAGGGUGUCUCUGAAUGCCCUGAUCCAACAGGGAAGAAGAAGAAUGGCGGAGGCUUGCUGCAGAAGAAAGGGAAGUGGAAAUCGGUAUCGCGGGCUAUGAUGGAGAAGGGGUUCUAUGUCUCUCCACAGCAAUGUGAGGACAAGUUCAAUGACUUGAACAAGAGGUACAAGAGGGUGAAUGACAUACUUGGCAAGGGAACUGCUUGCAAGGUUGUGGAGAAUCAAGGGUUAUUGGAGAAAAUGGAAUUGUCGUCAAAGAUGAAGGAGGAAGUUAAGAAGUUGCUGAAUUCCAAGCACUUGUUUUUCAGGGAAAUGUGUGCUUAUCAUAACAGUUGCGGCCAUGGCACUGUUGGUGCUGCUGGAGCUAGCGGCGCGCAUAACUCAUCCCCUGAAAUGGCGACAGACCAAUCCCAGGUUCAAUUGCAGCGGCAGUCCCAGCAGCAGAGGUGCUUUCAUGUAUCAGAAAAUGCUCAUGUGGUUGCCAAUUCGGGCAGGUCAGAGACUGAGGGGUCGAAAAUGUUGAAAGCAGAAAGUGGUGGUGAGGAUGAAGAUGAAGUAGACUACGAGGAUGAUGAUUCGGAGGACGACGAUGAGGAGGAGGAGGAAGGGGUUGUGGAAGGCGGCCCGAGAAGUCAAAUUGGGCAUGUACAUGAGGAUGGGGAUGAGAAUGAUCAUGAAAGAGCUAAAAGGCCAAGAAAGGGAAGCUGCUUUUCCGGGCCCUCCAUGAAAAUGUUGAUGCAGCAAUUGACCAGUGAAGUCAAUGGUGUGAUCCAAGACGCGUCGAAGACUCCAUGGGAGAAGAAGCAGUGGAUGAAAAGGAGGCUGAUACAAUUGGAGGAGCAGCAAGUGAGCUACCGAUACCAAUCUUUCGAGCUCGAAAAGCAGAGGCUCAAGUGGGUUAAGUAUAGUAGCAAAAAGGAAAGGGAUAUGGAAAGAGCUAAGCUGGAGAAUGAGGGAAGAAGGCUUGAAAACGAGAGAAUGCUAUUGCUUGUUAGGCAGAAGGAGCUAGAGUUGCUUGAUCUUCAUCACCAACAUCCGCAACAAAAUUCUUCAAACAAGAGAAGCGACCCUUCGUCCCUCACUGGAUAAUAUGUAUAUAUGGUGGCCUAGAUCAGAUAGAUGAGAAUGAAUGAUUUGCCAUUUUUUGUUUAUUCAAACUUUCUUAUGUAUCUCAGUAUCUGCAUCUUCUAAAGAAAAGAAAUCUAUCUCUCAAAUUGAAGCACAAAAAUAUGUUGU